AUGACAGAAACUAUAGAGCCCACGGCUGAAGAAAAGGCCACAUCAAACGAUGUUGAACGGCUCGAUACUCAAGCUUCAGUCUAUCAGCCUCCUCCAAUGGGAGCAUGGCAGCGACGACUUAUUGUUCUCUCACUCUGCUUGUCCCUUUUCCUGGGUGCACUCGAUAUUACCAUCAUCUCGACUGCUCUUCCCAGCAUUGCAGCGCAUCUAAAUGUGACUUCUCGAGAAUAUGCAUGGAUUGGAAGUGGCUAUACCUUGGCUACGACGGCGUCAACUCCAGUCUGGGUCAAGAUUUCCGAUAUCUUUGGCAGGAAGCCGGCUAUUAUGGCUGCGGUUACCAUCUUUAUGGUGGGCAGUCUUGUGGCCGCGUUGGCAAGCUCGAGUGUUUCGCUUCUUGCUGGGAGAGUUACGCAAGGAUUGGGCGGUGGUGGAUCAAUCGUCCUUGUGACUGUUAUCAUUGGUGAUAUAUUCGCCCUCGCCGAUCGUGCGAAAUACUAUGGUAUUACGGGAAUUGCUUUCGCCAUAGCUAGUGCCGUUGGUCCAGUUUUGGGUGGUGCGUUUACCGACGGAAUCGGUUGGAGAUGGUGCUUCUAUAUCAACCUACCAUUUGACGGCAUCGUUCUAGUGCUCCUUUACUUCAAUCUCAACCUCAACAUUGAGAAGGAGUCACUGACUGAUGGGUUGUACAGCAUUGACUGGAUGGGCUUCCUUCUGAUCAUUGGAGGAACGAUUUGCUUCCUCUACGGACUCGAAGCCGGCUCAAGUGGGCUUGUUGCCUGGAGCUCUGCCACGGUCAUUUGUUUAAUCGUUUUCGGUGCCCUCAUCAUGGCCUUAUUCAUGGUCUGGGAGGCCAAGUUUGCCAAAAAUCCACUGAUUCCAUUCCGGAUUUUCCAGAAACGAACAUCCCUUGCCUCAUUCACCGUUGCCUGUCUUCAUUCAUUCGUGUUCAUCUCAUUCGACUUUUUCCUACCCUUAUAUUACCAAGUGGUUCUUGGAUUCAGACCGCUCAUCUCGGGAGUCACUCUAUUCGCCCUGAUCAUUCCCAUGUCAUUUUCGACGUUCUUCGGAGGUUUCUUUGUCAGAAAGACAGGGAAGUACAUUCCUAUGAUAUUCAUCGGAACCAGCUUUUUCACACUGGGCACUGGUCUUUUUAUCGACUUUGGAACCAGCAUCUCCUGGCCUCGGAUCAUCGUCUUUGAAGUUGUUGCAGGCAUGGGAGCCGGUCUAUUGUUCCAAAGUCCUAUGAUUGCGUUACAGAGCCAUCUUCGACAGGCUGAUAUAGCGGCGGCGAUGUCGGCGUUCACCUUCCUACGAAAUCUAUUCACGUCAAUUUCGAUUGUGAUAGGAACAGUUCUGAUUCAACAGACCAUUGGCAGUGGCAGCCUGACGACUGUAAUCGACCACGGCAGUUCAGGCGCUGCGGACAGGAAGCAGUAUGUCUUGGGACUGCGAAAUAUGUGGAUCUUUUAUACUUGUACAGCAUCUGUUACAAUUCUUGCCACUUUCUUCAUCAAGUCGAAGCAAAUGAAGAAAGCGGAAACCCAGGAAGACGGUUUGGACGUUUGA